ACAGAGUAUAUAAGAUAGACGUGAUACCAUGCUUCAAAACAGUACAAACAGUACACCCUGAACUCUCAGCCAUGCAGGUUUCCCUCUUUCUCGCCGUUUUCUGUGCCGUCAUUGCUGUUAUCUACAGCGAGACCUGCAGGGAUGAGAAAGACUGUGAUCACGUGACCUGCGAUAGUUCCUCAAAGCUGGGCUGCUCUCAUGGAGAAUGUACCUGCCUGACUUCCGCCACAUCUGGUUCCUGCGCUCAAGCCACAUGCAGCGCCCGUGCCGACUGCGACAGCUGCAAAUGUAGAGACAGCCGUGCUUCUCACCACUGCUACGAUGGGCACUGUCUCUGUGGACGAGGUGGAUUUGGACCUGGCAUUGGCAAAUAAACUUUGACGCAGAGGAUCAAUUGACUAUUUAUAGUUUUCGCACCAUUUUGUACUUAUGUGUUCUGAUGUGUAAUAAAAUAUACAACAAGUC